AUGAAACUGGUGACCAACCUGAGAACUGACCAGAAUGGGGAUUUUCUACUCAAGAUCUACAAAAGAGUUACAGGUUCUUGGAGGUUCUUGGCCUGCAGGGAGGAGGCUCUGCUUGAGGCAGGCAGAAGCAGCAAUGGUGCCAACAUCCACCCUGAGACUGAGCUGGAAGGCCAAAGGACCCAGGACGUGGAUGUGCAGGUGUCACUGGGACACUGGGAGGAUCAGGGCUACCACUAUACUUUAUCCCUGCACAAUGUGCAGCUCAUCCUUGAGAGUGAGGAGGACGAGGAGCACAUCCCCCAUGACUUGUUCAUGGAGCUGGAUGAGAUCUGUGUGGAAGGAGAUGGAGAUGCUGAGUGGAAGGAAAAAGCCAGGUGGCUCAAGUUUGAGGAGGAUGUGGAAGCUGGUGGUGAGCGCUGGAGCAGACCCUAUGUGUCCACACUGUCCAUGCACAGCCUCUUUGAGCUGCAGAGAUACAUCAGCAAUGGCACAGUGCUGCUGGAUGUGCCUGCCAAAAGCAUCGAAGAAGCUGCAGACAUGAUCCUGAGCCAGCCAGAACAGGCUGAAGAGUUUAAUAGGAAGGUGCAGGCAAAAGUUCGGGAAAUUCUUUUGAAGAGACAUUGCCACCAGCAUGAGAAGGGCAGAAACAGCCUUCUCACCACAGUCUGCUCUGUUGCUGGGGUGAGCAGACAGAAGAAGCAAACAGACCCAGAGGGCCUUGAUCGAGGUGAGAGUUCUUACAAGUCUCUGGCACCAGCCACCAUGGCAGAAAUUAAACGAACUCUGAACACCCUGACCAGUGCAAUGGGUUUAAGCAAGGUGGAUCUGCACUUCAUGAGGAAAAUUCCCAUCGGGGCUGAAGCUUGCAACGUGCUGGUUGGAAAGCUGGAUUUCCUUCACCAGCCCAUCGUGGCCUUUCUCCGCCUGACCCCAGGUGUUCUCUUCAUGGGCAUGACAGAAGUUCCCAUCCCAACAAGGUUCCUGUUUGUCUUGCUUGGACCAGGAGGAAAACCCCAUGAGUACUAUGAGGUCGGCAGGUCCAUGGCUACUCUCAUGACUGAUGAGGUUUUCCGUGCUGUUGCCUAUAAAGCCAGGAACCGGGCUGACCUCGUGGCUGGCAUCAUGGAAUUCCAGGAUCGGGUCACAGUCUUGCCACCAGGAGUGUGGGAUCCAUCCAUCAGAAUCGAGCCCCCCAGAAAAAUCCACUUGCACAGGAGGAAGCUGCUGCCAGGAGCUUCUCACAGCAAACCCAAUAAGCACAGUGCUCCUGAGUUGGAGUGGACAGGAAGGUUCUUUGGAGGCUUGAUCCAGGAUGUGAAGAGGAAAGCACCAUGGUUCUGGAGUGACUUUCAAGAUGCCCUGAACCUGCAGUGUCUGGCUGCCUUCCUCUUCCUCUACAGUGCCUGCAUGUUCCCUGUCAUCACCCUUGGGGGACUGCUGGAGGAGGCAACUGGUGGUCAACUAAGUACCAUGGAGUCAAUUUUGGGUGCAUCAAUGAGUGGCGUGGUCUACUCCCUCUUUAGUGGCCAACCUCUCACCCUUCUGGGCAUCACUGGACACAUCCUGGUGUUUGAGAAGGUCCUCUACAAAUUCUGCAUGGACAAUUUCCUCUCCUAUCUGUCUCUGCGGGCGUGCAUUGGGCUGUGGAUCUCCUUCUUCUGCAUGGUGCUGGUGGCCACUGAUGCCAGCUGCUUGGUGUCCUAUGUCACCCGCUUCACUGAAGAAUCCUUUGCCACCCUCAUCUGCAUCUUCCUCAUUUAUGAGGCUCUAGACAAGCUGAUACACCUGCAUGAGGUCUACCCUGUGCACAUGCCCAGCAAGCUUGACUUCCUCACCAACUACUACUGUAAGUGUGGGGCCCCGACCCAACCCAGCAAUGAGACCCUGCAGUUCUGGGAGAGCAACAACAUCAACGCGUCUGGCAUCGCCUGGGGAACCCUCACAGUGACUGAGUGCAGCAGUUUACAUGGAGAAUUUCAUGGGCCUGCCUGUGGACACAGAGGCCCCUACACCCCUAAUAUCUUCCUGUGGUGCUGCAUCCUCUUCUUCUCCACCUUUGUCCUGUGCAGCUUCGCGAAAUCAUUUAAAACCAGCCGCUACUUCCCAAGGAGAGUGCAAUCCAUAUUAAGUGACUUUGGUGUUUCCCUCACCAUCAUCUUCAUGGUGCUCCUUGACUACAUGGCUGGGAUCCAAUCACCAAAGCUCCACGCCUCCACUGAAUUCAUGCUCACCACAGAUGGCAUCGGAUGGAUCAACAACCCCAUAGGACCCAACCCAUGGUGGACGGCGUUGGUUGCACUGAUCCCAGCUCUGCUUUGCACCAUCCUGAUAGUCAUGGAGCAGCAGAUCACUGCUCUGAUUGUCAACAGGAAUGAGCACAAGCUGAAGAAAGGAUGCGGGUACCACCUGGACCUUUUUGUUGUGGCUGUGAUUCUGGGCGUGUGCUCCUUGCUAGGGCUGCCCUGGUUUGUAGCUACAGCUGUCCUGUCCCUCAGCCAUGUCAACAGCCUCAGAGUGGAGUCCAGCUGCUCAGCUCCAGGAGAAGAACCUGAGUUUCUAGGCAUACGAGAGCAGAGAGUGACUGGCCUGAUGAUCUUUGUGCUGAUAGGCUGCUCAGUCUUCUUCACUUCUGUGUUAAAAUUUGUCCCCACGCCUGUGCUUUAUGGCAUCUUCCUCUACCUGGGUGUGUCAUCACUCCAAGGAAUUCAGUUCUAUGAACGCUUGAAACUCUUUGGGAUGCCAGCGAAGCGCCAGCCGGAUUUCACCUUCCUGCGCCAUGUCCCCCUGCGCAAAGUGCAUUUGUUCACCCUGAUCCAGCUGUUCUGCCUCAUUCCUAUCUGGGUCAUCAAGGUGUCCCGUGCUGCCAUCAUCUUCCCCAUGAUGGUUUUUGCUCUCGUUUUUGUCCGGAAAUUAAUGGAUUACUGCUUCUCAAAACAAGAACUGAGCUUUCUUGAUGACCUCAUGCCAGAAAGCAAGAAGAAGCUGGAUGAUGAAAACAAUGAAGCCAAUGAAGAAGAGGAGUCCCAGAAAAUGGUGGCGUCAUCUGCUGAAAGCUCAGAUCAUUCGAAUCUGAGGGAGGCCAGUGAAGAGGAUACCUUGAAGCAAAGGAGAUCCAGGUAA